UUCUUAUCCGUUUGAGUUUUAGGUGCGAUUUGUGAUCAAACCAAGAAUGUGUCACUCCCGAUUUGGUGUUACCCUCUUAUUUCAUUCAAUCGUUAUUGUCGCAGUCUCUGAAGGAGACCAGGCAUUCCUAGGCAUGGAAGUGGGUCCAAUGCAAUGGCCCUCACUAAUCUCUGGCGAGGCCCAGUGGGUCAAGACGAGGCUGGAAUGUGCGGCUACCUGCAACCAAGAUCCCAAUUGUAAUCUUUUUGCUUGGGGAACAGGGCAUGAGUGCCUAGUGGGUUCCUCCACCGGGUCUUAUUCCUUUCUGCCCCCGCAAUCGGACAGCCAAAUUCUUUUCAUAGACAAAGAUUCGAUGACUAGCUUUUUGUCCCUAUCGAGUGUUCCUGGGACACUUUGGACUGGGUUCAUGUUUGAAAGAAUCGAGGGUAUCUCGUCUCCUGAAAUUUGUGCCAUUUAUUGUGGACUUAUUUUUUACCCGCAAUGCCAGAUAUACGUUCAAACGGCCCAAAAUUGUUAUUUGGGAGACAUUUACAGAAACAAAACUCUGUUUAAUACCACAUUCUCUGAAAGAACAGACAUCCACUUAACAGAGUUUUUCAUAAACAAGACGAAUAAUGAAGAGAGGGACACCCAAAAAUAUAUUAUUGAAAAUACGAAUGCGACUGAUUGGCAUCCGCCAAUCUAUGAUGUGAUAACGACUGCUAGCUCCGAACUCGAAUGCAGCGCUCAUUGUACGUUCGAAAAUGAUCCACAUUGCCACCUUUAUAUUUUUGACACAUCAACAAAUAAUUGCCUCCUUGGAAACUUUAACAACAAUGAUUCAGCAACUUCAGAGGGAAGUGGAACUAACAAUGUUGGGGUGCAGCCAGGUUUCUACAUGGAGUGGUUCAAGACAAUAUUCCCAACUAGUGAAGGGGCCAGAUCUGAAGAUAUAAACCAAUUCAUCUACGUUGGUCUUCAUCGUGAGGGUUGGACCAAUGAAGUUUGUGGGACCCUUUGCUAUUGGGACGAUGCUUGUCAAAUGUUUUAUUACAAUUAUAAUCGGUGUUUUUUGGGCAAUAUCUACGUCACUGAGGGGUUCAAUGGCGGACACGAUGCCAAGGUUUUCUUUAAAAAUGAAUCCACUUUUGACAUGGGAUUUGCAACAGAUCCAGAGAGGUUCAUGCCAUUUCAGGUAUAUUCUACCGGCUGGUUCGAGUAUGUGAAAGCAAUACGACCAAAUGUGACCAGUUUGGACCAAUGUGGAUUGCAUUGUCGUUUCUAUCGAGAGGGAUGUAAUUUCAUGAUCCUGGUUGAAGACUAUUGCAUUCUGGGCAAUCCCUAUGAAGAGCGACAUGCAGAUGAGUGGCACGAAGAAUAUGCCAACAUAACCAGAGGAAUUGACAUUGUUUACCUCAAUAUUGGGUAUUACGAGACCGCCUUGAAGGAAAUUUACUUAAACCAAAGUUUACCUGGAUCUGCAUGGUCGCCAAUGGUUUAUGAAACCCAUGAUGUGCUUAAUCUGAAGUAUUGCAAAUGUGUUUGCUUCUUCAAAACUGCCGACUGUCACGGAUUUCUGUUUGAUGAAACAACUCUGAAGUGUUAUUUGACCCGAGAUCAAGUGAACUCAAAUGUCGUAACUGAAACCAAGACUCUACUUUGGCAUUACUUUAAACAUAAAACUGCGAUUAUCGUUGGUGGCCAUGACGAGAAUGAGGAAGUGGAUGGUAAAAUGAAUAUUAUUUUAAGAGGCGGCUAUGAGUGUAAAAGCGCACCUUUGCCUGAUUUUACGGCACUGGAGGCUUACGAGACUGGAACCGUCACGCAUGGACCUCGAGUUAUGAUCAACGGCGGCUAUGCCUAUAAAACAGAUGAAAUGUUGGCGAGCGGUCACAUUUUGGAUUUAAGUGCCCCAGAGCGAAAGUGGGUCCAAUGCGGUUCUAUGCUCAAUGCUCGGAUGUCCCACCAACUAUUCAAUCUUGGGGACAAAAUAGGUGUUGUGGGAGGAUAUAACAAGAAUGGUUCUGUGUCCGUCUUGGAGGCCUAUGAUUUCAAUACCGACUCAUGGAGCCUUUUGAAAGAUUCGGCCAACAACACUGUGACACUCCCGUAAUCCCUGCCAUGUUUGUCCCAAUUUUGCUUGGUCGAGAACAACCAAACCGUUUUCAUUGUGGGAGGAAGAGAUUGUGAUGCUGGGGCAGUUGCUUUAUCAGAUUGUUGGAUGCUGGAUAAGAGCACUCUCCAACUUUCAACAUGUCCUCGUUUGAACACAGCACGCUAUAGUUUUGGGUGUAUGAUGAAGUUUUAUUACUCCUACCACGAAGGAGUGACGAGUCCUGGCAUCUUCAUUCGAGGUGGAUACAUGAAUGAUAGUGUUCCACAAACAAUGUUGGCUGAACAUUUGCUUUUAAACGUAUCGGAGUGGUCUAUUGUUAAUACGACCAGCACCACACCAAUUGUGAAGCUUGGCCGGACCAUGUCUUAUGGGUUCAAUGGCAGAAACGGGAAUGAUGUUUGGACAUACCAUCAAGAUGGCAAACUGGUUUUUAGAGGUGUUAGUAGCACGUCUACGGAACUAUAUUCCAUGGAUUUACAGCUGCCGACGAAGUUUUUUCCAUCUCAAACUAUGGUGGACUCGUCGCACAUCUGGACGUGCCCUCACCAGAGGCAAAAUUGGAUCUUGCUGCAGAAUCAAAGCAUGCCGUUCUUGUUUUCUCCUGGAGAUUGGGAUCUGAACGUUGACAACGUUUACGAGGACCUUUUCUCAAACAUGAGUCAUUUGGACACCCUCCGAUCUUGCGAUAAUUUCUUCUAUUUCCGUUUGGUUUGGCCCCGAUUGGGAUACUACAAUGAGUGGAGACAGGACUCCGAUCCAACCGUUGAAACUGAAGUGACUAAUUUUGAAAGAAUUGCUGUGAGAUUUCAAACACAUUUCAUUGGACUGUUUAAGACAGCAAACGGACCAUCUUUGAUGUCGGCUAAUGACCAGGUCCUGAAUCAGGAUGAAAACUCGUGGAAAGUAGGUGUUAUUUCCCCAUGGAAUGGAAAUGCAUCGCUAAUUUGGGACGAAUCAGCUUUUGUGAAAGUGGAUUAUCAAAAGUUGUUCAUAAAGAAAAUUUGCUAAUCUUUUAACCGUCGAGCAGGCAGCCGAACAAUUUUCUGAAUAUGAGGUUUUGCCGAAAUAGAAAAAUUGUUUUGUUAUAUUUUUGAGUGGA